UUUUUUCCUCCUUCCCUCCCUCUCCGCCCACCAGAGUGAGUUGCUCUCCUCUUUGAAUGGAAUCCACACUGCCCACAUUCCUGAGCAGGCAGAGGGGUUGCUGGGACUUGUCUUUGGCUGGGGCCACCUCGGAUUCUUCAUCCAGUCAGAAAUCUGCCCUUGUCUGCCUUCCCUCCUGCCCUCUCCUUGUCUGCCAGGGACCAGCCAAUGGCUACAGACAGGUGUGUGUGUGUGUGUUUUGAGGGUGUGGAUGGAUGAGUGUGUAAAAGAAAUGAGUAAGCAUGAGAAUGACUGAGAGGGGGCAGGGGCAAAUAGGAAGAAAAAGAGGAGGAGGAAAGGAAGGGAGAAAGAAAAGAAAAAAGCCUAACCAAGCAUAGUAAACAGGGACGGAAGAAAAGUUGUGCUGCUCCAUCAGUUUGCUCCCUGCAGAAUUUGCCAUCCUCUGGAAGAUUCAAGGAUAAUCCAAACUUCCCGGAAAGUGGGAUGGCCCAGGGAUGCUUGCUAUAACUGAAGGAUACAUUCGGAGAAGAAUUUGCCAGAAACAGGAGUUUUUCUCCACGGCUGAUAUUUAUUGUGAUUCUUCAGAAUGACAGAGCCUGAGGAUAUAGUUGACCAGAUCCAAAGUAUUUCAGAGGCAGAAGAGGAAGAAGGUGCACUGUGGGAGAAGAUUGAGAGUGUGCGGCACCAACUCACUCGCUCUGUAAAUCCAGCAAAACUGACGCCGUAUCUGCGCCAGUGUCGUGUGAUUGACGAACAAGAUGAAGAGGAGGUGCUGAGUGCCUAUCAGUUUCCAUGCAAGAGCAGCCGGACAGGACGCCUCAUGGAUAUCCUACGAAGCAGAGGAAAGAGGGGUUAUGAAGCUUUCUUAGAGUCCUUGGAGUUCUAUUAUCCAGAACAUUUCACCCGGCUGACAGGGAAACAGCCAAUUCAGCGUUGCUCUAUGAUUCUGGAUGAGGAAGGUCCGGAAGGCCUGACUCAGUUCCUGAUGAUGGAAGUGAAGAAGGCGAGGACCCAGAGGAAAGGAUAUCUGGUCAAAGAGCACCAACUCCAGGUGAAGAACCAGGCUUUGGAGGAGGAGUGCAGCCAGCUGAAGCAGCAGCUCCAAGUGCUCCAGAAGGUGCAAGAACGUUGGCGGAAGUUCCAGGAAGAGUGGGACUCCAACAGUUUGGAGCUGCUGAGGUUGAAGGAUGAAAACUACUUGCUGGCAAUGCGCUAUGCUCAACUGUGUGAGGAGAAGAAUGCUGCUGUCAUACGAAGCCGAGACUUGCAACUAGGGGUCGAUCAGUUGAAAUGCAAGAUCAGCAGCAUGGAGGAGGAAUGUUCCCUCCUGAGGAAACAGGCAUCAAUGGCUCCCCAGAGAGAGAUGGAGGACCGAGGCCUUGCAGAUACAAUCGCUGACUUGCAAGCAGAAAACCAAAGGCUGGUUGCUUCCCUCCAGGAACUGCAGAGUGUAGUGCAGACAGCAGGUGAAGGCCAGGUGCCGGGCUCUGAGAGGAUUCUGCUAGACAUUCUGGAGCAUGACUGGAAGGAAGCACAAGCUGACCGACAAGAAUUAUGUCAGAAACUAGACUCUGUGCAGAAUGAGCUGCACUGGGCAGAGGAACUGAGAGAUAAGUAUUUGCAAGAUAUGGAGGAUCUGCAGCUGAAGUACCAGACCUUGCAGAAGAACUGUGACCUAUACAAGCACAGAAUGAACACUGUCCUGGCUCAACUGGAGGAGAUUGAGAAGGAAAGAGAUCAGGCAAUACAGAGCCGAGACAGCAUUCAAUUGCAGUAUUCCCAGAGCCUCAUUGAGAAGGAUCAGUACCGUAAGCGUGUCCGGACCUUGGAGGAAGAGAGGGAUGAAUUGCUGAGCAAAGUUACACAGGCGGAAGGCAAGAUUGGCACUCUGGAGGCACAGCUGCAGCGUUGUCAUUGCACUCGAAGCCUGGCAAAGAAGAUGUGUUCCUCCUCCUAUUCUCUCUGUUCCAUCCUCAGUAGCACUUGGAGCAUGAUAGAGAAGCCUUCAACCCUUGAGGAUGGGAUGGGAGACGCACCAGGCAUGCUGGACAUUGCAUUCCCUGAGGAUUGUAUAAACCAGGAGGAGGAAGUGACUCCAGACAGAGAGAAGGACAUAAACCGUCUUUCCAUCUUCCCUUUCCCACCCUGUGCUGGUUCCAUCCUUCGACGGCAGCGUGAAGAUGGACUGGUCCCCAUCAAAAGUCAGUCUUAUGGGUCCUUUGGCAGCAUGGAAGACUUAACAGAAAGCGUCACCACUACAGCCUCCUCUGUCAGAUCCCCUUCAUCAUCAGGCAGUGCACACACAAGGGCAAAGUCAGAAAUCUGCUUAUCCACCAUCUCCGACGAGCAGGGGUUUGCCAGGAGAUCUGUUGUGGUGCAUUUGUCUAAUGCAGGCCCCUUGGGCAUCCCAGCACCACAAAGCAGAGGUCUUGUGGGAGACAUUUCAAUCCUCGGAGGAAACAGAACUGGGAUUUAUGUCCAGUGGGUGAGACCAGGCUCAGAAGCUGAGGGCAUAGGACUUCGAGAGGGAUGCCGACUCCUAGAGCUUAGGAGGACACAGCUAAAUGGGGAGGUGCUCUCCCUUGAGAACUGCACCCGAGAGGUAGCGUAUCUGAGUCUGUUGCACUGGGAUGACCCAUCUUCUCUUAUCUUCCUGCCCGAUAGGAAAGGAUAUCACCCUCUCAAAGAAGCCCUAGAUGCUGGACAGAGAGUUCCUGGUGACUCUUUCUAUGUGCGGGCCAACCUGAACCUCCUGGACCUUGCGGACCCAUAUGGGCUGUGUGUGAAGUGCCGAGAGAUACUGCACAUCACUGAUACCUUGCACAAGGGACGACUGGAAUGGUAUUGUGCCCGAGUAGAUCCUUUCACUCUCCGGGACUUGGAUAAAGGCACAGUACCUAAUUACAGCAGGGCUCAACAGCUCUUGAAGAUCCAGGCAGCAGCACGACAGAAAGGCAACAGGAUUAAGCUGAAGAAACGAGCCUUGGACCAACUUCGCCUGAUGAAAUAUAAGAACAAAGAAGGCCAGAGUGAGACCUUUUGGCCAGAUUCUUGCCUAGAUGGGCUUAUGAAACCUUACAGUCCUGUACAUCCUCUGGUGGUGCCAAACCAUCGCCCUGUUGUGAUCUCACCAAGCUGCUUAGCCUCCUGGGUCAUCAGGAAUCUUGUGGGUCUCCCUUCUUCACAUCAGGACUUUUGUGUGUUCCCAACUGAUGCCCUUGAGGAACAAAGGCUCUCCUUUGCCUCCUCCAAGAACAGUGUUAAUGCUGAUAGGAUCUCUCAAAGGCAGAAGGAUUGCAGGACGAUCCGUGCUAUCCAAGAAGCUAUUGGAAAGAGUAAACACUGCCUGCUAGAUCUGGAGGUCCAGGUGGUGAAGGAUCUAAUUAAAAGUGAAAUACACCCCAUUGUUGUCCAUGUUGAGGUCACUGAGAAGAACAUCAGGGGAGUCAGGAGUUUACUUGGGAAACCAGGCCGGCGUGAUUCUGACUUGCUGAAGGAAUGCAGGAGGGCUGAGAUUGCACUCCACACUUUGCCCUGCUCGUGGGCUUGGGUGGAUCCCCAGGCUUGGGGUAGUGCUGAGGAGCUGGUGAAGGUGGUACGGGCCCAAGUGUUCCAGGAGCAGACCAGGAUAGUGUGGGUUGAAGAGAAUGAUGUGUGAUCUUGCUAUGACUUUGGGAUGUCUAUGGAAAAGUGGCCUCUGCGGGACAGUGGCUUGGACUCCAUGAUUUGCCAAGGUUUCUUCUGGACCUGAGAUUCAGACCAUUCAUUCAACCUGUACACUUGGGUGUCUUUGGGGUCCAGUCAUUUCUUUGAUUAGCCUGAAAAUGGGAGAAAUCUCAUAUGAAAAGUGCCUCUCCAUUUCAUUGCUUCUUCAGUAUUUCCAAAUCAGCCAGUGUCUGAUUCAACAACAUCCACUUAACUGUCCCAGAUCCUGUAUCUUUCCCUGAUUCUUUUUUCUUCAUCAGUUCAGCUCCUACCAGGGUUGUGUGUAUUGGUUGGGAGAGGAAGGGGCCAGAGGGAAGAUGUUUUUGCAUACAUUUACAUAUGUGGACAUAGAAUGUCCACCCCCUUGGCCUCAGCAACUGUAAGUGGGUUUGUGACACAUUCAUGUUGUUGUGGUUUCUCAGUUGUGUGUAAAUUUUUAAUGGAGUUUUUGUGUGUGUAGAAGAUCUGUUUAUUAAAUGUGGACUAAAUUGGAUUUCCAAGGAAA